UUCGUUAUUUUCAUGGAAUACCUUGCAUUAGUUUACAGAUUGUCACUUAUUGGAGAUUACUUUUAUCAGCUACUAAACUAUAAGCAACAAUGAAAGUGAUAUGUGCGGGAAUGUCUAAAACUGGAACAAAAUCUCUGCACGUUGCUCUUGAACAAUUGGGUUAUUCGGUUUAUGAUUUUCCUGAAGCAUUUGACAUCUACGGAAACGAUUUUUAUAAAUGUUCGAGCAAAGGCUGGACUGUUGAAGACUUCCGACAAAUAUAUGAGAAUGUUGAUGCUGUUGUUGACACUCCCAUGUUCUAUUUUUGGGAAGAACUUGCGGAAGCUUUUCCUGAUGCAAAGGUGAUUCUUAUGGUACGAGACAAUCCAGAUGUUUGGGUGAACAGCUACAGAAAACAGUUGAGAGAUUUGAACGGAUGGCAUAUGUAUUACUAUCCGUUUUUAUCUGCAAUGUGGAGAAAAUUUUUCAUAUUCGGAACAAACGCUGGAUUGCUUCCUUUUGGAAAUUGGCAAAGCGUGUUUGGAAUUGCAAGAUAUUGGCCGCAGGCAAUAGAGCUUCCAUUUAAACAGGCUUAUAGGAGACACAACGCUCAUGUUGUUCAUUCAUGUCUAAAAGAUCGGCUUCUAAAAUAUAACUGUUCGGAAGGUUGGGAAUCACUGUGUGAAUUUCUUGGUAAACCUGUUCCACUAACUGACUUUCCGUGGAUUAAUAAGAAUGGAAUAAUGGCAUAUUCAAUGUGGGAAACGCCAUUUUUAAAAAUAGCAAAAAAAGAAAUGAUUACAAAUUUAAGCAUUUUAUUUGUAACUGGAAUAGUCGGAGCAGCUGUAUGUUUUUUUAAAUUGAAAACAUUCAGGUAAUGUUGUACGCAUGAAGUUUUUCCAAGAUGCUUCGAGGAGCCAUUAUCUUUCAGUAUCAAAAUGAUAUUGAAAGAUAUAAUUCUUUCAAACAAAUUCCGUUUUCUAAAUUUUAUCAUACAACUUUGUUUGUCCUUCGCAUAAUCUUAUAUUUUGCUAUCUGUUAAAUUCACACAUAUUUGAGUUUAAUGAAUGUUCGUAUAAUUAUAUUCAUAUUAUUCAUUUUUUUGCGAUUCGAGAGGUAGAAUAGGCUCGGCAGGGCUAAUAUCUCUGAGCCCCA